GAUAUUCCGUUCUAGGAGAGAGUGAACGGAUAAGCGCCACACACACACCAUUCCACACCGUCAUAGCACUGAAUGGACUUGAUACGGGCUAUCACGGAUUCAAUUAGACGCGUUCCAAAGAAUGUGAAUAUUAUUUCUUUCUUCUUUUUUGACAUUUGUUCAAUUUGUAUUUUUUUUUAACACGAAAGGAGGCGCAAUUUCAAUGGAGAACCUCGGUGAAGUUGACACAUGAUGGGACAAGCAAGCCGUGUGCAUUAUUCCAUCACUGUUCAGCUAAACAGGUAGCAAGCCAAGCUGACUAUUUUACCGUAGGCUACCACCGGGAAAAAAACAUUACGACUGAUAUUGGAGCUACCGGUGAUGCAGAAUGACUUCAUGGUCCGAGGAACCCGCCGCUCGCCACUGAUCAGCUGAUAUUGUUUGUCGGAGAGGAGAAUCAUCCGCAGUCGACAUUAUAUGACCGACUGAACGGAGCAUCAACGCUUUUCAUGUAAAGUUCAAUGCCAAAACAACGAACCGUGAAACGUUUAGAAAUAUAAUUCAUUUUGUGUCUCUUCUCGCCAGCGCUGUUUUUUUUCUUCCUCACAGUCAACCCGCCGUUAUAUCAGUAAACCAAAAAAGGCAUUGCGCUUCAUAGACUUGGACUUGAAGAAAUCUAACGGCUGCGAUCAAUACCGAUAUCUUACCAACCGGAGUAAAAGCAGGAUCUUCCAACUCUGAAUAGGAUUUGUAUCGAAUAGGAGAGGAGGCUACUAUGCACUACCGCAAUUUGGGGCAUCAGAAGAAAACGCAUUCCAAUUAUCUCACGCACUAAAGGGGAUUUUCUUUCGGAUAACGGGGGUUGUCCGUGUGUGGAAACAGCCCUUCUUCAAAUGAAAGAUUUCACCAAUCCAUCACUCUGACAUUCCACAUUGCAUUGAAAGAAGAAGAAGAAGAAGAAGAAGAAGGGAUUUAAAAUCCACAAGGCAGGGUCGAACACUGUAACCACAGGACCGUUGUUACCAUGGAUCUAACCGAUUUUUACUUGUUGGCUGCUCUUGUUGCCUGUUUUUGGAUGGACCCUUCUAUAGCCCAGGAACUGAUCUAUCCUAUUAGAGAGGAACUGCAGGAAAACGUUCUCAUUGGAAAUAUACCAAAGGACCUGAACGUCUCCCAUACAAACGCUGCUACCGGAGCUAGCGCCAACCUGGUCUACAGGCUGGUGUCUAAAGCCGGCGACAACCCUCUGCUCAGAGUGCAGAGCAGCACGGGAGAGAUAUUUACAACCUCCAAUCGUAUUGACAGGGAGAGGCUCUGUCCCGGCCCCUCGUUCGAGGAGAACGACUGCUCCUUCGAGAUCGAGGUGGUGAUUUUACCCAACGACUACUUCAGAUUGAUCAAGAUUAAGAUCGUCGUCAAGGACACCAACGAUAACGCUCCCAUGUUCCCGUCUCCCGUCAUCAACAUCUCCAUCCCGGAGAAUACGCUGAUCAACAGUCGUUUCGCCAUCCCCUCUGCCACCGACCCCGACACCGGCCCCAACAGUGUACACAGGUACCAGCUGGUGAACGGGCAAAGCGCCUUCGGGUUGGACAUCGUGGAGACGCCCGAGGGGGAGAAGUGGCCGCAGCUCAUCGUUCAGCAGAACCUGGACAGGGAACAGAAGGAUACGUACGUCAUGAAGAUCAAGGUGGAGGACGGAGGCACGCCACAGAAAUCCAGCACCGCCAUCCUCCAAGUCACCGUCACAGACGUUAAUGAUAACAAGCCGGUGUUCAAGGAGAGCCAGAUCGAGGUCCACAUACCGGAGAACUCGCCUAUAGGGACGUCCGUAGUCCAGCUACAGGCUACGGACGCAGACGUCGGGGCGAAUGCCGAAAUCAAAUACAUGUUCGGGACACAGGUGUCCCCAGCUACCAAGAGACUAUUUGCUUUAAACGGCACCACUGGCCUUAUAACCGUACAGCGGCCCCUCGAUAGAGAGGAGACCGCCAUACACAAGUUAUCUGUGUUAGCGAGCGACGGCAGCUCCAGCCCAGCCAGAGCUACCAUAACUAUAAACGUGACGGACGUGAACGACAAUCCACCAAACAUUGAUCUGAGAUACAUCAUCAGUCCAAUAAAUGGCACUGUGUUCCUCUCAGAGAAAGACCCAAUCAACACCAAGAUAGCUUUGAUCACCGUGUCGGACAAGGACACGGAUGUCAACGGUAAAGUCAUCUGUUUCAUCGAGAAGGACGUCCCCUUUCACCUCAAAGCGGUGUACGACAACCAGUAUUUACUAGAGACGUCGGCGCUGCUCGACUUUGAGGGGACCAAAGAGUACAACUUCAAAAUCGUAGCCUCCGACUCUGGCAAGCCGAGCUUGAACCAGACAGCGUUGGUGAGGGUGAGGCUGGAGGACGAAAAUGACAACUCGCCGAUCUUCAGCCAUCCUGUCAUCGAGCUGGCCGUCAUGGAGAACAACAAACGCGAUCUCUUCCUCACGACUCUCAGCGCCACCGACGAGGACAGCGGGAAAAAUGCGGAGAUCGUCUACCAGCUGGGCCCUAACGCCUCGUUCUUCGACCUGGACCGUAAAACCGGUGUCCUCACGGCCUCCCGGGUGUUCGAUCGUGAGGACCAGGAUCGGUUCCUCUUCACGGUAACGGCCCGAGACAACGGGACGCCUCCACUCCAGAGCCAGGCGGCAGUCAUCGUGACGGUACUCGAUGAAAACGACAACAGCCCCAAGUUCACCCACAACCACUUCCAGUUCUUUGUGUCAGAGAACCUGCCCAAGUACAGCACGGUGGGGGUGAUAACCGUCACAGACUCAGACGCCGGGGAAAAUGCCGCCGUUACGCUUUCCAUACUCAGCGACAACGAGAACUUUAUCCUAGACCCGUACUCUGGAGUAAUAAAGUCCAACGUGUCCUUCGACCGGGAGCAGCAGAGCUCCUACACCUUCGACGUCCGGGCGGUGGAUAGCGGGCGGCCGCCAUGUUUCUCGGCCGCCAAGGUGACCAUCAAUGUCAUCGACGUGAACGACAACACCCCCAUCGUCAUCUACCCCCCUUCCAACACCUCCUUCAAACUGGUCCCCCUCUCGUCCAUCCCUGGGUCGGUGGUGGCCGAGGUCUUUGCUGUGGACGGUGACACGGGGAUGAACGCAGAGCUCAAGUACGCCAUCGUUAGUGGCAACAACAAAGGUCUGUUCCGGAUCGACCCUGUGACAGGAAAUAUCACCUUGGAGGAGAAGCCUGCUAUCUCCGACAUCGGCCUCCAUCGGCUGGUCGUAAACAUUAGCGACCUGGGCUACCCUAAGUCCCUGCACACGCUGGUGCUGGUGUUCCUCUAUGUGAACGACACGGUCGGCAACGCCACGUAUAUCUACGACCUCAUUCGCCGCACCAUGGAGACGCCCCUGGACAGGAACAUCGGGGAGAGCAGUGAGACUUACCAGAGUGGAGACUAUCUAACCAUCAUGAUCGCCAUCGUGGCCGGGGCGAUGGUGGUGAUUGUGGUGAUCUUCGUGACAGUCCUGGUGCGCUGCCGUCACACCUCGCGGUUCAAGGCGGCCCAGAGAAAGAAGCAGGGCGCCGAGUGGAUGUCUCCAAACCAAGAGAACAAGCAGAACAAGAAGAAGAAGCGUAAGAAAAGGAAGUCGCCCAAAAGCUCCCUCCUGAACUUUGUCACCAUCGAGGAGAACAAGCCGGAUGACCCGGCUCACGAGCCCAUCAACGGCAACGUCAGCCUGCCUGCCGAGCUGGAGGAGCAAAGCAUCGGUCGCUUUGACUGGAGCUCUGCUCCCACUACCACCUUCAAGCCCUCCAGUCCGGAUCUAGCCCGGCACUACAAGUCCGCUUCUCCGCAGUCCGCGUUCCACCUCAAAGCGGACACGCCGGUCUCCGUGAAGAAGCAUCACAUGAUUCAGGAGCUCCCUCUGGACAACACCUUCGUAGGGGGUUGCGAUACUCUCUCCAAGAGAUCCUCCACUAGUUCAGACCACUUCAGUGCCUCGGAGUGCAGUUCCCAGGGAGGAUUCAAGACUAAGGGACCCGUACACCCGCCCAGACAGGGAACGCUGACAGGAACGUUAACCCGCGCCCGAACCGAACUGAACCCGGAGUACCUGGACCUCCGCUCCAGAGCCGAGCUCAACCCAGAAUACUGGACCCCGUGCACACCUCUAGUGAGUACCGCUGUCUCCUACAUCUCUCACCGGUGAUCUCAGUCCUGGGAUCUUCAUAGUAUCACCGAAACCCCACCGCUGCACUGUACUCCUGGGAUGUGUUACAAAUGGAUCCCUAGUUCUGAUUUAGUGCACUACCCUAUGGGCUCUGGUCAAACCUAGUGCACUAAAUAGAGACUAAGGGUCUAUUUGGGAGGGAGACAAUACCUCCUGUUCUUCUGCUGUGAAACACCACUGACAGAGACAUUGAUGUUCUGCCUGUUUCUAUCUGUGAAACACCACUGGUCUCUACCUUGAUGUUCUGCCUGUUUCUCUCUGUGAAACACCACUGGUCUCUACCUUGCUGUUCUGCCUGUUUCUCUCUGUGAAACACCACUGGUCUCUACCUUGCUGUUCUGCCUGUUUCUCUCUGUGAAACACCACUGGCAGAGACCGUGAUGUUCUGCCUGUUUCUCUCUGUGAAACACCACUGGUCUCUACCUUGCUGUUCUGCCUGUUUCUCUCUGUGAAACACCACUGGUCUCUACCUUGCUGUUCUGCCUGUUUCUCUCUGUGAAACACCACUGGUCUCUACCUUGCUGUUCUGCCUGUUUCUCUCUGUGAAACACCACUGGUCUCUACCUUGCUGUUCUGCCUGUUUCUCUCUGUGAAACACCACUGGUCUCUACCUUGCUGUUCUGCCUGUUUCUCUCUGUGAAACACCACUGGUCUCUACCUUGCUGUUCUGCCUGUUUCUCUCUGUGAAACACCACUGGUCUCUACCUUGAUGUUCUGCCUGUUUCUCUCUCUGUGAAACACCACUGGUCUCUACCUUGAUGUUCUGCCUGUUUCUCUCUGUGAAACACCACUGGUCUCUACCUUGCUGUUCUGCCUGUUUCUCUCUGUGAAACACCACUGGUCUCUACCUUGCUGUUCUGCCUGUUUCUCUCUGUGAAACACCACUGGUCUCUACCUUGCUGUUCUGCCUGUUUCUCUCUGUGAAACACCACUGGUCUCUACCUUGAUGUUCUGCCUGUUUCUCUCUGUGAAACACCACUGGUCUCUACCUUGCUGUUCUGCCUGUUUCUCUCUGUGAAACACCACUGAACAGAGAUGUUGGUUGCUCUGUCUUUCCGCCUCCUCUUGUCCAGCAUCAUUACCAUCACCGGGAUAGUUCAUCUCAUUACCGUCACUGCUGAGAAGACGCUGGGUCAACGGCCACCUGGGGAUUGUGUGUGUGGUGCUAUUUCUCAGCGGAUAUUGCUGUGUUUGCACUGUGGUGAUUCCUAAUGAUGAUGUGGCUGAUGUUCUGUCUACUGUAUAUAGUAAUACUAUGAAGGAGGGUGUUGUAUACUGUAUAUAGUAUUACUAUGAAGGAGGGUGUUUUAUACUGUAUAUAGUAUUACUAUGAAGGAGAAAGAGGGUGUUCUAUACUGUAUAUAGUAUUACUAUGAAGGAGAAGGAGGGUGUUGUAUACUGUAUA